AUGGAUAUUCAUUUGGUUGAGGAAGGUCGUGGGAUUGGAGAUGACUGCAGUAACAUGGAGAAUUCCUUGGGAGUUGAAGUUGAUGGUGGAAUUGCAGAGCCAUGUGUUGGCAUGGAGUUUAACUCUGAAAAAGACGCCAAAUCUUUCUAUGACGAGUAUUCCAGGCAGCUUGCCUUUACUUCCAAGCCCCUUCCUAAACCCGAUGGCUCCUCCGUUACUGCUCGGGAAUUCGUUUGUUGUAGCAAAAGGUCGAAAAGAAGGCCUGCUGAAACCUGUGAUGCAAUGCUUAGGAUAGAAAUGAAGGGUGGGGGUAAAUGGCUUGUCACUAAGUUUGUUAAAGACCAUACUCAUGUCUUGGGAACUCCUAGUACACUCCACUGUCUUCGUCCUCGUAGGCAUUUUGCCAAUUCUGAAAUAUCUGCUGUACCCGGUAACUGUCAACAAGGGGUGAAUGUGCCUAGCGGUAUGAUGUAUGUUUCUAUGGAUGGGAAUCGCGUUCCCUUGGAAUCUAGUAACAGAGGAGCUCGAAAUGCGUCUUCAAACGCAAAGAGAACUAUGGGACGAGAUGCACAUAAUCUGUUGGAAUAUUUCAAGAGGAUGCAGGCCGAGAACCCUGGUUUUUUCUAUGCGAUUCAGCUUGAUGAAGAUAAUCAGAUGACAAAUGUAUUCUGGGCAGAUUCGAGAUCUCGGAUUGCUUAUACUCAUUUUGGCGACACAGUCACCCUAGAUACGAGAUACAGGUGCAAUCAGUUCCGGGUUCCUUUUGCCCCGUUUACUGGGGUGAAUCAUCAUGGUCAUACCAUCCUAUUUGGCUGUGCACUUAUUUUGGACGAGUCAGACACUUCUUUUAUUUGGCUAUUCAAGACUUUUCUGACAGCAAUGAGAGAUCAACCGCCCGUCUCUUUGGUAACUGAUCAAGAUAGAGCCAUACAGAUUGCUGUUGCUCAGGUAUUUCCAGGUGCUCGUCACUGUAUUAAUAAGUGGGAUGUGCUAAGAGAAGGUCAGGAAAAGCUGGCUCAUGUGUGUCUUGCGUAUCCCAGUUUUCAGGUGGAGCUAUAUAGUUGUAUCAACUUCACCGAAACGAUAGAAGAGUUUGAAUCAUCAUGGACUUCCAUCAUUGAAAAGUAUGACUUAGGAAGACAUGAAUGGCUUACUUCUUUAUAUAAUGCUCGAGCUCAGUGGGUACCUGUUUUUUUCCGGGAUUCCUUUUUUGCUGCAGUAUUUCCCGGCCAAGGUUAUCCGGGUUCUUUCUUUGAUGGAUGUGUCACUCAGCAGACAACCCUUCCGAUGUUCUUUAGGCUGUAUGAAAGGGCAAUGGAGAGCUGGUUUGAGAUGGAGAUCGAAGCAGAUCUCGACACUGUCAACACGCCUCCAGUCUUGAAGACGCCUUCACCCAUGGAGAAUCAGGCUGCAAAUCUCUUUACACGGAAAAUAUUUGCAAAAUUUCAGGAAGAGUUGGUAGAGACAUUCGCUUACAUUGCAAAUAGAGUUGAUGAUAAUGGUACAACCAGCACAUUUAGGGUUGCUAAAUUUGAAAAUGACAACAAAGCUUAUAUAGUGACUUUUUGCUAUCCCGAGAUGAGAGCAAACUGCAGCUGUCAAAUGUUUGAGCAUUCUGGCAUACUCUGCCGACAUGUUUUGACAGUGUUUACUGUCACAAAUAUACUCACUUUGCCACCACAUUAUAUUCUGAGACGGUGGACAAGAAAUGCCAAGAGUAUGGCAGGGUUGGAUGAGCAUGUCAGUGAAAAUGGGCAUGAUAGCUUGAUACGCCGCUAUAAUCAUCUAUGUCGCGAGGCCAUUAAGUUUGCCGAGGAAGGGGCAAUAACAACUGAAACUUAUAAUAUUGCUUUAGGGGCACUCAGAGAAGGUGGGAAGAAGGUUUCAGUUGUCAGGAAAAAUGUAGGUAGAGCUGCACCUCCUAGCUCACAUGGUGGUGAUGGUGAAACCUCACUAUCAGCUUCUGAAACAACCCCUUUGUUGUGGCCGCGUCAGGAUGAAAUGAUACGCAGAUUUAAUCUUAACGAUGGUGGCGCUAGAGCUCAAUCUGUUGAUGAUCUGAAUCUGCCGCGUAUGGCACCAGUGUCUCUUCACCGAGAUGAUGGUGCUCCUGAGAAUAUGGUAGCUCUUCCUUGUCUCAAGUCAAUGACUUGGGUGAUGGAGAGUAAGAAUACAGUGCCGGGUGGUAGAGUUGCAGUUAUAAAUUUAAAGUUGCACGAUUACAGAAAGUUUCCCUCGGCAGAUAUGGAGGUCAAAUUUCAGCUGUCUAGCGUCACACUUGAACCUAUGUUAAGGUCCAUGGCUUACAUUAGUGAGCAACUCUCAGCUCCAGCCAAUAAAGUGGCUGUCAUCAACUUGAAGCUUCAAGAUACUGAGACAACAACAGGAGAGUCAGAGGUCAAGUUUCAGGUGUCCCGGGAUACACUAGGUGCCAUGUUGAGAUCAAUGGCCUAUAUCCGUGAGCAGCUCUCUAUUGUUGGAGAGCUGCAGACAGAACCACAAACGAAGAAGCAACGCAAGUGA